CUUGUCGAUGCGUCGGCACGCGGGUUCGUCCCAUUCGCGUCGGGCGCGUUGAUCUGAGAUCGCCCACCUGAGCGGUGACGUAGCUGAAGGGUGGAGUCUGCUGACAGGUGAACACCUCGCGCGCAGGUUUGGGGAAUGUGCACGCUGGAGGAAGUCGCGCGUCUCCGCUAUGGCCCGCGGGUGCGUGGGGAAGUGCGCGCCGUUAUUCACGCUUGCCCUCAUUUUUGACGCGGUCGGUCUGGUGGUUCUUCUGGUCGGGAUCUUCGGCGACCUGAACUUAGGAGGCCGCUUCUACGGAGAUUUCCUCAUCUACACGGGCUCGCUCGUCAUUUCCCUCAGCUUGGUGUGGUGGGUUCUGUGGCACACGGGCAACGUGCGGCCGCGCGCGGGGGACCGGUCGGGCUCCCCGGGCAUCAGCUUUACGCAGUGGGCCAGGAAGCUGUCCGAGAGUCUCUCCAAAGGCGGCAUGAGGCCGCUGGAAGCCCGGGAGGAGAAGAAGCCCGGGAGCCCGGGCACCGGGAAGGAGUGGGUCACGCGGGGAGCCGUGACGGGUCGCGACAACGGAGGGUUUGAUGCAAGCGGCGAAGGGAGAGGACCUGCGGACAGAGACCUGGAGCUGGGGGCGUUGAACGUUUGCAAAGCAGAGAGGCUGCUCUGAGAUGGUGAUGUCCAGCUGAUGAUGUUUUCCAAAGACUCCAGCAGAUCGAAAACCUGGAUCUAUGAACUAAGGUCACUUUUUUGUUUUUAUUUUUAUCAGAAGACACUUUUUUUAAUCAGGGAAAAGCCUGCGUCCCCAGCAAGGGAGAAGGGCCGUGCACGGAGGAAGAAAAAGGCCUUUUACAGAAUUCCUAUUUUGAUGCGCUCAUUUUGUGACGUAUGUAAAUAUUUUUUCAUGGGAAUAAAGUUUACGUGAAAGCUGA